AUGGGAAAAACACCCUACUAUUACGCAGUGGCAAAUGGCCGUAACGCAGGUGUUUACAGGUCCUGGGAUGAUUGCAAACUGCAAGUCUCAGGCUUUUCCAACGCCAAAUACAAAAAGUUUUCCAGUGCAGAGGAGGCUCUGAGGUUUGUGCUGAGCGGAAGCUCUAAAUCUUCAUCUCUGUCGUACCAAUCAUACUCUUCAGGGCUGCUGGGCAGAGUUUCUAAACCGGAACCUUCAAAUUAUUCUGCAAGCACAAAUUAUGGAUCUAAGCCAAGAUAUCAAAGCGCUAGAAACAGCCAAGGAUCCACCGGUGGUUACCAACGCAAAUUUGACAAGAUAGAGAGCUCAGUAGAUCAUCUGAUUUCAAGAGAAUCUCUGUCUGGGACCCUGUCCGAUUCUCUGUCGAAAAGACGCCAAAGAGUUUACGUGGACGGUGCUGCUAGAGGCAAUGGAAAAAGUGGGAUUCCCAAUGCAGGUUACGGUGUCUACUUUGGGCCAAAUGACAAAAGAAACGUCUCACAAGGGUUACAUGAAGUUGAUGAUGUUGACAGAAUAAAGCCUACUAACCAAAGAGCUGAAUUGCAUGCUUUAGUACAUGCCCUCGAUGUGGCCGCCAAAGACAGCACUACUGGCUACGAGAUCCUAACUGAUUCCGCCUAUGCUAAAAAUUGUGUGGAAACGUGGGCAGAUAAAUGGGAAGCUAACGGCUGGGUGAAUACUCGUGGAGAGAAAGUCGCCAACAAAGACCUUGUGCAAUCCGCUUUGACUAAAUAUCGUGAGGCAAAGGAACGUCAUGGUGAUGAUUUUUCUAUCACACAUGUACGGGGCCAUCUGGGAAUUGAAGGAAAUGAGCAAGCGGAUUCUCUUGCAAAUAAAGGUGCAGAUGACAUGACACAAGCACGUCGCCAGUAA